UAUGAAUGAUUUUAAUCAAGAGGCAGCUGUCAUAAAAUCAAAUAAUCCAGCGUUUAUGGUUUCACUUGGCAAAACUGGAAAUGUUGGAGAGGGGAGAAUGAAUUGGGAAAAUGUGCACUUAAACUCUCAAAAAUUAUUCAAUCCAGCCGAUAAUAGUCUUAAUAUAACAAAAUCUGGAAUGUACUUUUUAUCGAUGACAGCAACAGUUGUGGAAACUUCCAGGGUGUCUCUUCAGCUAGAUGGAACUGGUAGAGAAUUGGGAAUGAUGAGACAAAAGUCGAAUAAUAACCUUAAUACAAUUACAAGAGACAGUCUAUUUUUUCAAACAACUUUAAAUAAGCCAUACGUUCAACAAGCAUUCAAUACUGCAAACCUCACUGGAGGUAAUAAUACAUUAUGGACUGGUUUUCAUUAUGAUUCAAGUUCGUAUUUCUUUGGCGCUCGCGACGACGAAUGGAUGGAAAAAUCAUCGCCAAUUCCCCUACCUAUUAUCAUGGCUAUGAGAGGUUUUAGAUUAGAAAACAACAACAUAAAAGUUAGCGAAUCUGGUUUAUACUUUGUUAGCUUUGGUUCUGGUUUUAAUUCGGCCGAUGACACAAUUGUCAGCUUUCAUAUAAAUGACAAUAAAGAACAGUAUAGAAGCAUUAAUACAUUCUACAUGGGCCGUCAUACAACUCACCAUACAAAAAGUUUUCUAACCUAUCUACAAGCUGGAAACAGUGUUGGCCUGACUCUAGCUGAUGGAACAUCCUAUGCCGAUGCUGAUUUGCAAACUUAUUUAGCUAUAUUCAAGUUGGACAGUGAAAAACCUUACUUUUGCGGCACUAAUAGUUUUGAUAUUGAUAAAUCAGAAUUUGUAAGAUUUCAUAAUAUAAAAUUUGAUUCUCACAAUUCAUGGAAUAAUAUUGAAGGAAAAUACGUCGUUCCGCAAUCGGGAACUUAUUACGUAACUGCUAACUUUCCAUUCGAGAGUAAUAAGCAUGAACUAGACAUUGAAAUAAGAGUUAAUGGAAAUUUACUGUCAACUUUCUACGCUGGUCAAAGUAACGAUUACGAUCCAUAUUUAUCAUCAACCUCAAUGUUACUAUCCUUGUCGAGAAAUGACUUUCUACAAAUAAAAAUACAGGGAAGUAAUACAAAAGCUGAAAAUCAAGGAGUAUUGUCAAUAGUUUAUAUUGAUUAA